AUGGCACCCGGUGUACUGAAUUCGGACGGUUCAAUGCAGGACCAGCACGGUCAAGUCGGCCAGACUGCCCCGGCCGGCAGCGCUGCUGGGCGUUUAAACGCCUUCGACGCCACAUUAGACACUCUCACCCACCUACGUAGUCUGCCCGAGCCUCCUACGGAGGCCCAGGUGUGCGUCGUUGGUGCUGGUCCCGCCGGUCUCAUGCUGGCUGCCAAUCUCAGUCGAUUUGGCAUCAAGGUUGAGGUCAUUGACGAUAGGGCCGACCAGACGCCUGUUGGAAGAGCAGAUGGGCUGCAACCCAAGACUAUCGAGACCUUCCGUCAGAUGCGCCUGGCAGACCCUUUGCUGCUCCGAGGCGUUCGCGUAUACGACAUUUCCUUCUGGCGGAGUACCGCCGACGAGCCGCUCCACAGACUGGGCCGUGAGGUCCACUACCCUCCCGUCAUCGAUGUCCUAGAUCCGUACAUUCUGCUCGUGCACCAGGGCAUGGUUGAAGGCAUCUUCAUUGACGACCUGAAGAAGCGCGGGGUUGAGGUGCGCAGGAAUACGGCGUUCGAGUCCUACAGUGUCCCGGAAAACAAGGCCGGGCCUCUCCAGGUCAAUUGUCGCACAAACGUCACCCAAGACCGACGGACGAUCCUCACACAGUAUCUGGUUGGAUGCGAUGGUGCCCACUCCAAGGUGCGGAAGAGCAUUCCAGAUGCGCGGGCCAUUGGCCUGUCGCAACCCGCAAUCUGGGGCGUUCUCGACGGCGAGCUCAUCACCGAUUUCCCGGACAUUUGGUCCAAGACACUAGUCUACUCUCAGGAGCACGGAUCCAUCCUCAUCAUCCCCAGAGAAAGGAACAUGACACGCUUCUACAUUGAACUCAAGGCAAACCCCAAGGCAGACAAGCGAGACCUUGGCCAGGAGUUUGUCAUGGCUCGCGCGAAGAAGAUCAUGGCACCUUUCGAGGUUGACUGGAAGUACAUCGAGUGGUUUGGUCGUUACCAGAUUGGUCAGAGAGUGGCCAGCCGAUUCGUCGACCCUCAUUUGAGGGCCUUCCUUGCGGGUGACGCCAGCCAUACACACUCCCCGAAGUCGGCUCAAGGCAUGAACACCUCGAUGCACGACUCGUGGAACCUUGCCUGGAAGCUGAACCUGUCCAUUCGAGGGCUCGCGAAGCAAGCCCUGCUCGAGAGUUACGAGGAGGAGCGAAGAAAGAUCGCCAUCGAUCUGGUCAACUUUGACUACGAGCACGCGAACCAGAUUGCUGGCGGUGACGCAGUAGCUCUAUCUGAGAACUUCAGGACGAACGUUCGUUUCAUUUCUGGUAUUGGUGCCGAGUACUCCGAGAGCCCGAUAAACAGGGCCGCCCCUCAAGGCCUCAUCAUGGGAGAUGCCAGGCCUGGUUGCCUGCUUCCUCCUGCCAAGGUCACUAGAUACAUCGACUCGAACCCCGUAGACAUCCAGAUCGACAUUCCGAUGCUCGGGCAAUUCCGCAUCUACCUCCUCAUGUGGGACAUCCAGGCGUCGAGCCCCUUCCUGGAGACCUUCUGCCAGUCCCUUGCCUCGGCCAACUCUUUUAUCAGCAAGUUGUCUGCUUCCGCAAGCGCUUCCUAUGCUGCGCAGCCUAGACUGCCGUGCCCGGAGGACAUCUACUACCGGCCCGAAAGAUACACCGCCGUCAGCCAUCUCUUCACUUUUGCCUUGAUCACUACGAUGCCCAAAAGCGAUGUGGAGAUCUCGGACCUUCCGGCUCUGCUGCAGGACAGCCGUUGGACCUUCUACCUGGACGACAUUCCAGAACAGGAUACACGCGGCCAGCUUUGCACCAAUAAGUGGCUUGGCAGCCUCGGACCCGGUGAGCUUGCCAUAGUCAACGUACGUCCGGACGGCUACGUAGGCUCCGUCGGUCGAUGGGACUCGAGCAUGGACGACGCCGGUGAGGAGGCUGCCCGGUGGUUGGACGACUACUACAGCGGCUUCCUUCAGUUGCCUAACGGCUCAUCACCUAGUCCUACUCCGACCCCCAUGGCAGUCUAG